UAUUUCUAUCAUACACGAUAUUUAAUUUACCCCCUUUUUUCUCUUUUCAGCUACUCCUACGAAUUAAUUAAAGAGAUCGCUGAUUUCUUUUUGGAGCGCACCACCAUUCGUCCCAAGGUUGGCAUAAUUUGCGGUUCGGGUCUAAACUCGCUGGCCGAUCACAUCACAGACACGCAAGCCUUCGACUACAAGGACAUCCCCCAUUUUCCCGUCUCUACAGUUGAGGGUCAUGUGGGACGCAUGAUUUUUGGCUAUCUAGAGGGCAUGCCUGUGGUGGCCAUGCAAGGUCGCUUCCACAACUACGAAGGUUAUCCGCUAACCAAGUGUUCUAUGCCUGUGCGCGUCAUGAAGUUAGUCGGCAUUCAAUAUCUUUUUGUAACAAAUGCUGCGGGCGGUCUAAAUCCCAAGUACAAGGUCGGCGAUAUCGUCAUCGUGCGUGAUCACAUCAAUAUCAUGGGCAUUGCUGGCAAUUCACCACUGCAAGGACCCAACGAUCCACGUUUCGGUCCCCGUUUCCCGCCCAUGAAAAAUGCCUACGAUCGUCAUUUGGUAGGCAAGGCGCGAAAGGUUGUACGCGAGAUGGGCAUUGAAAAUGAUGUGCACGAGGGUGUCUUGAUUUGCUUGGGUGGACCCAACUAUGAAACGGUGGCAGAACUGAAAAUGCUACGCAUCAUGGGCGUCGAUGCAGUGGGCAUGUCCACCGUCCACGAAGUGAUAACCGCCAGGCAUUGUGAUCUCACCGUAUUCGCGUUCAGUUUGAUAACAAACAAGUGUGCGACCGAUUACGACAGCUGUGAAGAAGAUGCAAAUCAUGAGGAAGUGGUUAUGGUGGGCAAGUCGCGGCAGUCUAUUUGCGGUGAACUAGUGUGUCGAAUGGUAAAGAGUCUGGCAGAUGACAUCUCUCAGAAGAAUGGAAGUAAAUGAUUGACGGCAGCAAUUAGACUAGUGAAAAAAAGGAUAAGAAUAUUAGCAAAAAAGUGAACGUGUUUAUACUGCAACUGCAAUUCAUAAUUAUUUUUGUAUGUAAGUGCGAGAUCACUGGAAAUUCAUUAUCAUGUGGACGUAAAAAAAAACGGUAUUUUAGUAGUGUAACGUUGGCGAUUUAUAAUAUAGUUGUAGCUUUAGUUGUAGUUAGCUAUUGUUGCUACAUUGUAGCUAUUUAUUUUGAAAAUUUCUCCUAAGAGAGUUUAAGUGAAACUGUGUAUGACAAAAUCGAAUAGUAUAUUGCACAGGAAUUUCUUUUAUUUUUAAUAAUGUGAGUGCAUUUUUUGCCACGCAUUUAUGUAUUUGUCUUUACCUUCGGCUAAGCAAAAUAUUUAUACGGUUAACUAUCUAACUUAAUAUAAAGUUAGCAAAACAUAAAAUGUUUUAACCAAAUAAAUUUAUUUGAAGCGACUAAACUAUG